UCAGUCGUUUGAGUCGCUGACAUUCGUUACCGUGUUUGACGGCAUGUCUCCCUUUGGCUCGAUGAAGAUGUCCAGAUACCUGCCUUUGUCUGUGGGCACCACUAUGACAGCCUCUGUAGUGGAGUCUGAAUCGUCCUGGGCGACAUUUGUGCGAUCAAAUGGCUCCCUGGAUUGAUAGAUGACCAGGAGACAAGACUAUUGUUGCUUGAUGUAUGCUUUGUCGCUCACUCGUCGAUUUCGAUGAUGAUAUCGGCCAGGCCCUCCCGACUGUUCGCCGCCACCAUAAUCUGAUUGAACCCAGCAUUUCUCGCAAACACCUGCAUGGAUGGCACAGGUCAUGAAAGAAGCAGAUAGUCACUGCAAGUCGACUGCGAAUCGUACCAGGUCAACGGCAAUGAACUGGUUCGUGCCCGCUUCGAUGGUGUUGGUCACGUUGUCAGACCUGAACGGCAAGCCUUGGGCGGUGAUGUACGGGAAGAAAGGGCAAAAAAACAAAGGCAGCUGCUCCGUGGCAAAGGCUGUAAGGAAGAGAAGAUGUCAAAGAGCCGAUGAUGCAACUCUCAAGCGCACGUACGUUCCUCAGCAGCUCUGUGACGGUCAUAUUGCCCCGAUCGGCCAUUGCCCUGAAAACCCGAAAAAAGCAUUCUAUUGACAUUCAGUGAACAGUUUCCAUCUCACCGUCUUGCCGUGCGCCUCAUCCUUGUCCUGCCCCCCGCCAUCAUCGCCCGGGGGCUCAGGCACUUUCCGUGACAGAAGGCCGCUCUCCACAUCACGAGGGCUCCGGCGAGCGUCUGCAGCUACACAGAUGACAUGUAGGCUGCUAAUGGACAGCCCAAACACAUAGAGACGCCACAUCGACUUCAUGACCGUUGCUGGCCGUUUCCA